ACACCUAAGAAAACCCAGACACCUAAGAAAACCCAGACACCUAAGAAAACCCAGACACCUAAGAAAACCCAGACACCUAAGAAAACCCAGACACCUAAGAAAACCCAGACACCUAAGAAAACCCAGACACCUAAGAAAACCCAGACACCUAAGAAAACCCAGACACCUAAGAAAACCCAGACACCUAAGAAAACCCAGACACCUAAGAAAACCCAGACACCUAAGAAAACCCAGACACCUAAGAAAACCCAGACACCUAAGAAAACCCAGACACCUAAGAAAACCCAGACACCUAAGAAAACCCAGACACCUAAGAAAACCCAGACACCUAAGAAAACCCAGACACCUAAGAAAACCCAGACACCUAAGAAAACCCAGACACCUAAGAAAACCCAGACACCUAAGAAAACCCAGACACCUAAGAAAACCCAGACACCUAAGAAAACCCAGACACCUAAGAAAACCCAGACACCUAAGAAAACCCAGACACCUAAGAAAACCCAGACACCUAAGAAAACCCAGACACCUAAGAAAACCCAGACACCUAAGAAAACCCAGACACCUAAGAAAACCCAGACACCUAAGAAAACCCAGACACCUAAGAAAACCCAGACACCUAAAAACCCAGAUGCUAGAUGCUGUAAAUUGGGAAAGCAAUGGUCUACUAACAUGCUCGUUGACCAACAGUUGGACCCUCAGCAAACAGUGGCUGAGAACUUGAACACUGAACAACAUAUCAAACAUAAGCUAUUGACUAUUGACUAUACGGUUUGUCUACUACAGAGAAGAGUUCAGGCUUACGAAAUUCAGGUGUUCAUCAGUGACGGACUGGAAACUUAUGACUACAGCAGAACAACUAAAUAA